UCAGAUACAAAAUUUAUUUUUUACCGAUAAGAAAAUUUUCGUAUUUUGUGUCGAAUAUAUUUGAUCAGUACACGUUGAUCAAAUUUUAUCAAAUAUUUAAUUAAAGUCAAAUAUUUUUUUUCAAAUUUCGGUCAAAUAGUGUAUGAGCACACCUUUAUGAUGUUUUUUUUUGAUUUUUUGGACCACCCUAAAAAGGAAAUGGACUCCCUAAUGAAAAAAAAAACGGGUCUAAAGACGCGUCCACAUUACGCCAAUCGGCCUUGGCCGCCCGGUAAAGCCGGCUAAAUGUGGACGUACCGCACGGGCUUGCCGACGUGCCGAAAACCGACUCGAAUCAAACCGAACCCAACCCGAAACAGGUGGGUCCGGUUCGAGAAAGUCGAACCAAAACAAAACGAAGUAAAUUAGCGUUGACGACAUAGUGCUUUGUGUGUUCGUGACGGCUUCGUGCAUCCGAUGGGACUUCGGCUUCGUGCACCCGAUGUGGCGUCCACAUUACAUAACGAACCGAAUAUGCCGCCUGGAACAGGCAGAUCGGCAUCAUUCGGCAUUAUGUGGACGCGCCUUAAUAUUUGCGAUAAAGAACAAAAUUACUGUAUGUAUAUACAAAAUACAAUCUUACGUGCAUAGCGAUGUACAAAGUAUUAAUGAAUAUGUGAAAAUUAACGUUAAAAGACAUUUCUAUAGAUCUGCACACUUUUACUGACUUUUCCACAUUUUUAACAAACAUUCACAUGUUUUUACAGACUUUUACAGAAUAUUUUCAAAUCGCAGGAGUGAACAUUUACGUGACUCUGACUUCGUCUGUUUUUAUUCCGUUCGGAAAAAACGUGAUGUCAAAGAAAUGUACAUAAAAAUGCGUUGCUCAGUGAAAGGCUGAGAUGCUUUUUCAGAGAUGCAAUGGUCCAUUAAACAAUUGACGGAAAAAUGUGGUUCUUACAUUUUAUAAUUUUAAUUAUUUUUGCCCUUAUACCCAAUACCCUUUUUAUAGUGUUGAUUAUCAUAUGAAAAAUAACACUCCUGAUCGUUGGAUCUCUUUUGACAUUUCAAUUGACAGCCGUUUUGAUUCAGUUCGCACCAAGUCGUUGUACUAUAGGUGGACCGCAAUGUCAAAACUGCUGUUCGGUCAUUGCUCGUGGAAAAACAAAUCUGUUUACAAAACAAAUCGUAUCUUUUGGUGACAGGAUGUUUUUAGUAUAUCUUUUCGCUUCUAGCCGCGCACUUAAUGCUUUUAUUCCUAGCAAUAUUUACUUCUGUUUGGCUCCCAUCGGCGGGGAAAAUAGUACUAUCUGCUUACGGCGAUGGUGACAAGAAAUAACGUUGAUUGUGGCUCCAUUGUGGCACUUUCGCUCAGGAGCAGGAGAAUGCUGUGCAUAUACCGGGAAGGGGAUUACCAGAUCCAGAAGAUCCGGGAAGGGAUCUUACAAGUAAUUGGUUUUGCAUAAAGGCUAGAGCAAAAGGAGAUUUACAAUGAUUGCAACAGGUUCGUGUUUACUCUUCAAAUUAGUUGUCUUUUGUGUUGCUAAUUAGCCACAGGAAAGUAAUCAAGGGAAAUCCUGAGCCUUGAAUUUUGUGUUUUUUGUUUUGUAAACACCGUGGCAAUACUGCUGAUAUUUGAGAUAUAAAGUUUAUUAAGAGAGUGCACUAUUUUUUACAAAUAUAUAUUUGCUUUUUUCCUUCAGUUAUUUUCCUCAGCGAGUUGAUAUGAAACCAUAACCACACAACCGAACAAAAAGUAAAUAAAUCUGAAAGCUACGUCUCGCUACUCGUCUCACGUCUUGUCAUAAAAGUGUCAAGAACGAAACGCCUAUCAUUUCAGCAUCUUGGUCCGCACUACCUAGAUUCAGACCUGUAAUUGGCAUUGGCGAUGUGAGUUGUUGAAGUUGAUCUUUACAGAAAUGUCCAAUUAGAGUUAAAGAUGUUCAAUUAAACGUGUCGCAUUACAAAUCCGUCCAAUUAGCUAAAUGUCGCAUUAAAUGUAACUCGCUGUAUUAUGUGUUUGAUCGCGACUGCGAAAAUUUUUUACGCAUAAUGGUUCAGUGUAUAUAUAUAAAGCACAAAAUAUGUACCAAUUCAUCGACCCCUCACUAGCUGAGAAUUUGAACGGUCUUCUAUUCGAGAGUCCGGCAGUGAACGUACUGCUAAUGACAACUGUCGUCAUUAAGAGUACGUUCAAUGCUUACCUCACCAAGAGCUGGCCAUAAUAGUUAUUGUCAUUUUUUCCCUAAAAAUAUAUAAUUACACUUUUAAUGGUCCGCAAUCCUUGAGGAAAAUGUUCGUUCUAUCAGCGGCUCCAGCAUAAUUUUCGUGCUAAAAAUCGAUCGCGGUCAAGUUUGUGGUUGUGGUGUCCCGAAAAUUUCGCACCAGUGAGUGUAGCUGGCCCAAUCGCUGGGUAAACUAAUCGUCUAAAGGGGACGGAAACGAAUUUUUCUCGCCAAAACACGGUUGCACAGAAACAACCGAGUCAAGUGAAAAAGAAAAAAAAAUAAUGUCGACUGGCUUGGUGGAUAAGUCGUUCGCCAGCAACGAUGAGCUGUUCUAUCUCAAAUGGAACAACUUUCAGAAGAACGUGAGCACCCAGUUCGAGAAGCUGCGCGAGGAGGAUGAUCUUGUUGAUAUCACGUUUGCCUGCGAGGGGAAGAAGCUGACCGCCCAUAAGCUGGUACUGUUCGCAUGCAGUCCGUUCUUUAAGGAGUUGUUGAAGAAAAAUCCAUCGCCACAUCCGGUGUUCUUCAUGAACGAUGUAAAGUACGAGGUGUUGAAGGCGAUUCUGGAAUACAUGUAUCUGGGAGAGGUGCAUAUUACCAAUGAGAAUUUGAAGGACUUCAUCAAAACAGCGGAAGGUUUGCAAAUCCGUGGACUGAGCAAGGAAAAUAAUGCAUUAUCCAACACACAGGGCGACGUUGUGAUGCCACCAUCCAGUCAAAUGUCGAUGCGUAAAGAGGACAAGGAUCACUCUUCGGUGGCGGAGAAUGUACAUCUCCUGGAUGAGUUCUGUCGCAAGCGUUCGGAACCAGUUGAUCUCAAUCAGCCUACGGUGGGGCUCAAUAUAAAACGUGUCAAAACAGUGGAUACUCAAAUUCCCUCGGUCGGUGGACAGGAUAACAACGUAUCCAACGUCGAGCCAAAGGUGGAAAUGGUAGAAUACCUGGAUGCCGAAGGAACCAAUCAUCAGUCACCCACUUAUUGCAGUAUGGACAACUUUACGGAGAAGACCAGCUCGCGGAACAAUAUGACACACAUGAACCAACUGAAUGCAGCUGGAUUCGCGCAAACCCCCACACAACCGAGCAGUUCUGGUCAUCCACAGCAACAGCAACAGCAGCAGCAGCAACAACAACAACAUGUCCAACAUGAGUACAAAUCCGAGGAGGAUAGUAGUUGGAUGGAUAAAUCGUUGGACAACAUUUCCGUAAAUUCGGAUCAGCAGAAUGUGAAAUAUAAGGGUGGUAAAUCCGGCAGUAGCCGCUCGAAUCGUUCAACCGAUGACAAAACAAACUGUCUAACGCCCCGUUGCUGUCCAGUCUGCUCCAGGCUCUACUCCAAUGUGUCCAAUUUGAGGCAGCACAUGCGCUUGAUUCACAAUCCUACCGCUGUUUGCUGUCCCAUCUGUCAGAAGCACUUCAACUCGGAACUUUAUCUGAAAAGGCAUUACGCUUCGAUACACUCGAUCAACACCAACAGCGGAGGUGAGGGAGAAAUGGUUGAUCAGAAACCACCAACGUCACAGUUGUCCGGCCAACAGCAGCAACAACCUCAACCUCCAACUACUCAGCAGCAGCAGCAACAGGCGCCACAGCAGCAGCAACAACAGCAGUCCCAACCACAACAGCAACCAACGGCACAGCAGGCUCAGUCCGCCCCGGCGACUACCAAUACCUGGAAUCCAUAUCAUCACCACGAUACCACCCAACUGGUGAAUCCUUUCAUCAAAUAAUCAUUGAUAGUCACCGCUAGUGGUAAGUCAGAAGCGCAGUCACAGCAGCAUCAGCAGCAAUGUCUUUCACAAUUGAUCACAAUUUGUGCACUGGGUGAGCUUGCCGUUUGCCCUCACGGACCGCAAGCCUAGUUUGAUAGUAUCAUAACAGAAAUAACAGAUUCCACGUUGAUCAAGUGUACUAAAGAAUUUGACCCCAAAUUGGUUCACCAGCCAUCGCCGUUUCUCAUAUCCUAUGAUCGGCAAAUAGGUCCUUCAGAGUCAAACAGAACCCGAAACUUCAAUUAGACAUUGCUAUUAUCAAUUGUUUUGAUUCAACGAUUUGUUGAUCGCAUCCAAAUCAGAUUUGUGUAAUGUAAUUGUACUUAGGGAAGCUGUGCCGACCAACAACUUGGCUCGACCGAUCGGUCGAUUUCGUUUUGUUCUCUGUUAAAUCAGAUCGCGCGCAUGUAAUGGAGAUACGACAUGUACAAAUAGAGGGCAUUUAAGAAGAAAAUUAAAUUUUCAUUUUAGCUGAACAGGCAAUUCUCCGAAAUCAUAAGAGAUAUACCGGACGCCGCAAAAAUUAUUGGUUUGCAGAUUAAUAAUUUAUGUUUUAUUUACAAUGAGAAAUCGUUGGUUUUUGUUUUAACUAAAAGCCUCUUUCGUUGGACUGCUCUAACUUCACUUCUUUAGUCUGUUUUUACUUUUGAACGGAAGUGAUAGCAGCGAUGAUUGGUAAAGAUUCGACAAAUUAGUUUUUAAGUAGAGCGGAUAUCAUUUGCAUUGUAUGUACGAAAGAUGAAGCCCAGUUGUAAACCGGCUUAUAAGAUAUAGGUAAAAAAAGAAAAGAAAUGCAAACAAAUAGAAGCGAUUUGUAAGCAGACGUUUUUUAGUGUUAUAGGCUAAGUUACUAAAUACCUGCUGGAACCUGAUUUCGGGGUGUAUUGUAUGAACAUUACGUGUAAAUAAAGUUAUGAAAUAAAAUAA